AAUCCAUAAAUUCUACGCGCACACCGCUCCUUCUCUCUCCUCCGUUCCUCACUCAACGAGUUUUCUCGAACCACAUUCAUCGAGUUUUCUCCGCUGAAUUCGAAGAUUUUAACGCCAAACCAUUAGCUUCUCACAAGAACGAGGAACAAGAAGAACGAUUUGAAGUUUGAAGAUUGAAAGAUUUUACCAGGGGAGAAUUUGAUUUUCUUUUUUGUUCGUUUCCAUUUCGAAUCUUGUUUGUUUUCUUCUUGAAUUCGGUGAAUUUCUUAUGUAAUGCAUCAGAAGAAAUCGGAAGUUCAGAUCGGAAAAGAAAGCAGCGGCGUCUCUUCCGAUUUCAAUCCGUCCCCUCCCCUGUUUUUCCCAUCUUCAAUCUCAAUUCAUCAGAAGCAUCCACCGCCGCAUUCUCAUAAUCAUCAAUCUCAGCGAUCUUUUCUUUCUUUUACCACUCCUCAAAUUUUGAUCGAAACUCCUGCUCAUCAUGACCCGAUUGUGCCAUCGCCGUCGUCUUCUUCUUCUACUGCGCCUUAUAAGAGACCUCUCUUGACUCAUAAUCACUCUUCCCUCUCUAAAUCCCCUUCUCUGUAUCGUCUUCCUUCCGCCCCUCAAUUCAAUUCCGUCAAUCCCUCUUUCUUUUCUGUCUCUUUGGCCGUCCGGAGUACCGUUUUCCGUUUGCUCCGGCGGCUCAAGCAGCUUCGUCGUCUCCGUGUCCAUUUGCGGUUGAUUCUUUUGUUUUCUCUUCCGUUUUUCUAUUUCUUAGUUUCUCAUCCAACCCAUUCUUUUUUCCUCGAUUUCCUCUCGGCUUUUGCUUUCUCUGCUGCCCUUUUGUUUUCUCUUAAUCUCGCCCUUCCUCGCCUUCCUUCAAUACGUUUGUUUCUCGCCCGUUCUUUCCCUGUGAAGCUCAUUUCGUCGUCUUCGUCAUCUAGAACGCAUCUCCCGGUUUUGUGGUCAAUUGGGUCUCGAUCAAAAUCGGAGAAGAGGCUGAAUUCAGGUUGUUGGGUUCAGGUCUACAGCGAUGGCGACGUUUACGAGGGCGAGUUUCAUAAGGGGAAGUGUUCAGGGAGUGGUGUUUAUUACUACUAUAUGAGUGGUAGAUAUGAAGGAGACUGGGUUGAUGGGAAGUAUGAUGGAUAUGGAGUUGAGACAUGGGCUAGAGGAAGCCGGUACCGUGGGCAGUACCGGCAGGGCCUCCGGCACGGUUUCGGGAUGUACAGGUUUUACACUGGAGACGUUUAUGCUGGAGAAUGGUCCAAUGGGCAGAGCCAUGGAUGUGGAGUUCAUACCUGCGACGAUGGAAGCAGAUUCGUCGGGGAAUUCAAAUGGGGUCUCAAACAUGGACUUGGCCAUUACCAUUUCAGAAACGGGGACACAUAUGCUGGUGAAUAUUUUACGGACAAAAUGCAUGGAUUUGGGGUUUACCAAUUUGCUAACAAUGGACACCGAUAUGAGGGUGCUUGGCAUGAAGGCAGAAGGCAAGGACUUGGAAUGUAUACAUAUAGAAACGGAGAAACCCAAUCCGGCCACUGGCAGAACGGAGUUCUCGACAUUCCGAGCACUCAGAGCUCUACUUAUCCAGUAUCCCCUGUCGCAGUUUACCAUUCCAAAGUACUGAAUGUAGUGCAGGAAGCAAGACGAGCAGCUGACAAAGCCUACAGCGUCGGGAAAGUGGACGAACGGGUGAACAGGGCAGUAGCAGCGGCGAAUAGAGCAGCGAACGCAGCUAGAGUAGCAGCCAUCAAAGCAGUCCAGAAGCAAAUGCAACGGACCAAGAACACCAACGACAAUACUACUCAAGUCUCAAUUGUCUGAAUGUCUGCAGCAGCAGUUCAUCAGUCGAUAACACCUCGUACACUAAGGUUUGUUCGAUUCCUGUUCGGUUUUUUUCUUUAGCUCAUGUGUGUUAAUAUGAGCUGAAAUAGCUAGGGUUGCUCUGCAUUAACAUUGUCUAAUGAGGGGGGAAAGAGAGAUAAAGUAUAUGCAUAUGUUAAAACUAAUUUUACACUUUUUGUUCCAUUUUUGUAAAGAGGUAAGAUGAUGAGAAUGAAAUUUAGUGGCUGGAAGUGGAUGAUGGUCUCAUCCCCAAAGCCAUGUUGUAUUUGAUGUGAUGAAAUUCAUGCACGUUUUUGUUUU